AUGAAGUUCUCCCUCGCCGCUAUCUUUGGCCUGGCCAUGAUGCUUUCGCACACCGUGCUGAGCGCCCCGAUUCCGAGCCCCAAGCCUAUCGAGGACAUCCUGCCCUACCAGUUCCCGGACGCUGCCAACGGACAGAUCAUUGCGUCGGGAGACAGCGCUUCGGCCAUCCCCGCACUGCUGGCGGCCGGCUUCAACCCUAACGACAACUCGCGUCUCCACGGCAACUGA